CAUCGUCGGUGAAUCGAAAUGCAAACUGCUUCUGCCGUUGCUGCUCGUCAUCAUCGUCACCGCCGCCUCGUCAGAAAAAAUUACUGCUUCAUCAGCUCCAACUGUGUUGUUCCGCGGAGUGGCCCUCGAUUCUAAUCGGAAGGUGGACAAAAUACUAUCGGUUUCUGGAGUAGCGAUACGGAAGCGGGUUUGAGUAGUUUGGGUGGUGAUCGCGUCGCGUAAUUCCAAUUUUUCCUUCCCCGAAAAAAUCGUACAUGGUAUCGUCUUCAUCGACGUCGUCGUCGUCGUCCCUCUUGUCGUUCGGUCGGGUGGUGUUGUGAGUGAAAGAGCAGGACGCAGUCAGCGGCCAGUGCAGAUGCUAGAGCGAGAGAGUGCAUUAAAAAAAUUGUCCGUAGUGGUUGUUAAAAAUUUCUGCUGAUGGUGUGUGGUGAAGAAAAGUGAGGAAAAAAAAACGGGAGAAAGUGCUGCUUUUGGCUGGUUUUUGCAGUGUUCGGAGAAGAAGCGUCAAAGUUUUGCAUGUAAUUUUGCAUAAAAUCCUACGGAUUGGAUAGUGGUUCCCUACUCCCGACUGGAUUACGACGGAAUACGCUUGCACCAAGCGGGGGAUUCCAACUGGAAAACGGAAAGGAUUGUCGCUCCAUCAACUUCUGCCUCUUCGGUUCGAGGUUCGAGUGGUGUGGUGUUGGCCGAUUUUUGCUGCCUGGUUCUUGUGUAUGUGUUAAGUGGCAGCCCCUGUUAAAGGGGUACAAAGUGCAAUCGGUCAACAAUGGGGAAGUUACUAUCCAAAAUCUUCGGCAACAAGGAGAUGAGAAUAUUGAUGCUCGGUCUGGAUGCCGCUGGUAAAACUACUAUUUUAUAUAAGUUAAAAUUAGGUCAAUCGGUAACGACAAUUCCAACCGUCGGCUUCAACGUCGAAACCGUAACGUAUAAGAAUGUCAAAUUCAACGUGUGGGACGUUGGCGGGCAGGAUAAAAUUAGACCAUUGUGGAGGCACUACUACACAGGCACACAAGGACUCAUAUUCGUAGUAGACUGUGCGGACCGGGAUCGAAUAGACGAAGCGCGGCAAGAACUGCACAGGAUAAUCAACGACCGGGAGAUGCGGGACGCCAUCAUACUGAUAUUUGCCAACAAACAGGAUCUACCAGAAGCAAUGAAACCUCACGAGAUCCAGGAGAAGCUCGGCCUGACGCGGAUACGCGACCGCAACUGGUACGUGCAACCGUCCUGUGCGACGACCGGCGAUGGCCUGUACGAAGGCCUGACGUGGCUCACAUCGAACCACAAGUUAUGAGAGUAAUUGUUGCAACAACAACCCAACAACACAGCAGUAGCAACCGCAGCAGCAGCAGCAGUAAAUCCCCCCUAAAGUCAGAAUACUGUGAGCUCGUGACCUACCACGACUAUUUAGUAGAAAAAGAAAGAGCCUCAGCACGCGCACGAGCGAACGGGUGAGCGAGCGAGCAAGCAAGCAAGCAAACAAGCAAACAAGCAAGGAACUAGGUAGAGGAGAGCUUUGCAUGUGUGUGUAAUGUUGAUGAGUGGUGAUCGAGCGAGUCCGCAGCGUGAUGUUGUGAUGUUGCCAAUCCUUAUAUUCCUAAUGUUACAUGAAACGCACUCCGGCGUUCCCUCCAGAAAUGAAACAAACAACAACUCUACUACCUACUACUAUUACUACACUAAUUGCUACUACUACCGGGUACGCUAAAUACAAUUAUCAUUUUUGUUUUUGGGUUUUUACACACUUCCGCAUAUGCAGAAAUAUAUCGCAUAUUUUAACCUUUCUCAACAUGUUGGAGAAAGGCAUAAAACCGAAACGACGGGUGUCAUCGUUAUCGAAAUAUGCACAGAUGUCACAGAACGAACAAGCUUAAGUCAACCGAAGACGCCAAGAGGGAAACACUGAGGUAAAAUGAGCAGAAGCAUGUUGUUAUCGUAAGAAUCUUUAAUCCGGAAAAAGCUGUACUCAUCUUACUCUUGUGCUAACUUCACCAAUUCCAAGUCAGUCCAGGCGAGAGCGCAGCAGCAGUUCACUCAUUACCUGUUAAUCUUGUUCAGUAGAGUAAAAGUUUGUUGGAAGCCUGGACGAACCGUAAAAAAAAAAGUCAAUAGGAAAAUCCCACUGAACCCAGUGGAGAUUUUGAAAAGCCAGCCCCGAGGAAUUUGUGCGAGUAACGACACUACAAAGUCCGGAAGUGGCAGCGUGUUCAAACGAUAAAAGAGAAGCAAAACGAAAAACUAACAAACAUACCAAGAAAACCUAAAAGAAGAACGAGGUAGUCGAGUAAAAUAGGAGGGACAUUUUAUUUGUAUAUAUGAUCGAGGGGUAAACUAAUCUAAUUGAUUUUUGCAAAACAAAGCUUGAAGAAAGUAUGAAAAUAUGAUUAUUUUUUAAGCAAUUGUAUGAAAGACGGGGAAACCGGCAAGCUGCGAGUGAAUAUAACUUGAUAAGCAAAAAAAAAAGCACUAAGCAGAAAACGAAAAACAAGCAAACAAGAAUCAUUCAUACAGGCGAUAUUGUACAUAUUAUAAAUGGCAGAUAAUACAAAGUAAAUCAAUACUAGAAGGAAACAGAAAACAGCAAAAACAAAUAGGGAAAUAUUGAUAAAACAAUUAUGCAACGCACCCGACUAACAAUUACAACAAUAGCAGAGAAAUCAUCCGCACUCACACCGACACAUACUACACGAUCCCCUUCCUCCGUCUAGAAAAGAGAGCAUUGAAUUGCAAUUAUUAACUAGAGUUAUCGAUACUAAAACGAAAGCAAAUUUGCAAAUGUUGUAAAAUUCAAACCAAGAAAUCCGUGCGUGUGUGCGCUCCCAUGUGUGUGUGCGCGAGUGUGUGUGUGAUCGUUUGCUGCCUGUUUGUGUGCGUGCGCUAGUGUGAGCUUUAGAGCGCGUUUUAUUCAUGUUGAUUAUUAUUUUUUCCAUAAUAGCAUUGAAUUACUAGCCCCUACCUUUUCAUCGCGCCUGAUUAUUUAUGUUGAAGAUAUCGAUUGCCUCAUGUUUAUAGUAAGUCUUAUUUUCUUGGGUUCUUGUCAUCGUACAGAUUUUUUUUAUUGCUAUUUUGCGUAUGAAAAUGAAAGGGAGAGAAGGAAAUACAGAUGAAGCAAAUUAUUUUCCUUGUCAUUCUCGUGACUAGUUGUUUAUAAUUAUUUCAAAUUGUGUUAGGAAAGGCGACAGUUUGAAGGGUAAACGAAGAGAACAGGUGUAAAGAAAGGUACGACGUAUGACUCACAGCAGUUGAGAGGGUUGAAGCAAAAUAUAAUGCAGAAGAAAUGGAAUAAACAAAAAAAAUUGAAGCAUAGGGAAAAUCGAAAGGAAACAUUGAACAAUGCUGACUUGUUGAAAAAGGAAGGAACACAUGAAAACACAGUAAAGAAAAUAUUAUUAGAAAUGUAUUUUAGCAUUUAUAGCGAACAAGAAAAACAAGUGAAAAACAGAUUCAAUAAAACUAGAAAUCUACAUCUCAAA